AUGGGGAGAGUUGAGAAGGAAGAGCAUGAUGACGUGGCCAUGUUCGAUGCUAAGGAUGUUAAGACUGGAGCUCUGGUGUCCACGACGUCGUUUUGCUCUCACCCUCUCACGAAUUCUUCUUGCAAAACUGGAGCCGUCUCAACAAUUCCGACCAUUUCCCUUCCAGCUUCAUCUGUGAAGUUUUCGAAAAUUUCCAUAAGAGGAUUUAGCAAUAAGAAUUGCGUUUCUCUGAGACACGGCAGAUUCCAGGCAAAAUCGUCAAGUGCAGAAGUAGAAACUAGCGAGCUAACGACCUCAAUUUCUGGGAACAACGGCCCAUCAACAAGUUUUCUAUCCCUUCUUCGUCCCUUACUCAAGCUUUUAUCUGGAGGGGAUCCUUCUCAACAGCGCAAUUUUGCUUUUGAGGUAGCAACAUCUUCCUUGGCCUCCUUGGCAAGAUUUGCAUGGGGAUCAAAAUCUGUAGUGGACAGUUCAGUGAACAAAGAGAUUGCUUCAAAUUUUCCCAUGCAUUUGCAGCUUUAUGAAUUUGAUGACAUUGUGAAAUACUUAUUUGAGGGAUGUGGAGAAGGCAGAAGUCCAUCAACUGGUCUUUUGGAAAGUAUGCAAGAAUUGUGCGUGAGGCAUUAUGUGAACUGGAGCUCCCUUACAUUCUUCAAAAUGUGGGAGAUGGAUCUUGCCAGAAGGACUUACUUUUUGCUGCUUCAGGAUCUAAAGAGGGGAGGUUGUGGGAUUGAACCCCAAAGGUGUGCGUUAUGUCAAACCCUUGGCAAUUCGAUCAUUGGGAAAGUUGUACUACCAGUGUACCCUAUAUUGAAUAAAUUGUACUCGGAAGGGCUAACAGUAAGAAGAGGGAGGGCCAGUAGUAAUCUUCAAAAAUACAUGGGCUAUUUCUUCAAACUCUAAAGGGCUUAGCUUAUCAGUUCCAAGUCAGGGAAAACACACUGAGGCUUAGGAUUAUUGAGUCAUCCUUUCUGUAUACAUCUCUUUGUUAUUUUUAUGUGUAUAUGUUAAUGGAAUUGCCAACUAUGAUCGCUUGUUAUUAUUUUGCACUACUUGCAUUAGUUUGUGUGCAACUUAUGUAUUUUGUGCUUCGGGUUAGUGAGUUUUGGUUGUAAACUCGUGGAUAGGGCCAAAAUACUUGUGUAAGUAGAAACAUUUAUAUUUUUGAAAGAUUUGGAAUGAAAAUGAUGAUAUUGUGCAACA